UCAGUUUAAAACAUUUGUAUUAGACUUGAAGAAAUUAUUCUAGUAAGACUUUAAAAGGAUAGAAAGGGAACCCAUUCUGUAAAUUGGGAAAUUUAAGUAGUUGAUUAAGAAUGUCAUCCAGUCUUUUCAAGUCUAAACAGCAUAAGUCAAGGAAGAAUUUGAAAAAAUUGUCAAUUUCGGCUCCGUUUGCAAAUAGUCCUACUUCGGAAACAUGUUCUUCGUUCAGUCCCUAUUCAUCGACUUCUAAUGUAAGUUUCAUUCAUUCGCCAACGUACUCUUAUCCGGUGGUGGUAUUAAGAGCCAGAUACGAUUUCAAUCUGGAAGAUAAUCAAGAAAUAUCGGUCAAGGCAAAUGAUUAUCUUAAAUUAUUAGACCGUCCAGGGAAUGGAUGGAUUAAGGUUUCAUAUUUAGAUAAAGUCAAUGAAACCGGGCUUAUUCCAGCCAGUUAUGUGGAUAUAGCAGUUAAUGAUCAAGUUAAUCCAAUUAGUUAUGAAUGGUUGAAUGAAUAUAAAAGUAUAGUGAAUGACGAAAUAGAUGAAGUCCCACCAAGAAGAAUAUCAAUGUAUCAUUAUAAUAAUUUUGAUGAAAUUGAAGUUAAAGCACCUAAAAUUGAUGGUCAAGAGUUUCAAACCAAUGUUUAUCCAAUUGAUGUUAAAGUAUCAAAUGUUUUACAAAAUGACCAAUCUAGAAUAUGGUAUAAAGUUAAAUUUACCAUGAAUGAUGAGUCAGUGGUUUAUAUUGGUAAAUACUAUCAAGAUUUUUAUAACUUGCAUAUCAAUUUAUCCAUGAUGAUUGAAAAUUUACCUAAAUUACCCCAACCAAUUAGAACCCAAUCUCAUAUUAAAUCGAAAUCAAUUGAUAAUUUCAUUUCGAAUAAACUUGAAGAUCAAAAAUAUUUAGAAAGUUUGAUUCUAAGGUGUAAUGAUUUGAAUAUCUACUUUAAUCAUUUAUUAAAAAUUGAUUCCAUUAAAAAUUGUUUUGAACUUUUAAAUUUCAUUGAUUCGGGUCCUAAAGUUAUUAAUUGUAACGAUUCAAAUGUUAAUGAUUCCUUAUAUAAAAAUUCAAUUGACUUAAUUGAUUUGCUUGAAUCUAAAACCCCCCACUCUUUUAGUCCAACUGCUCCAUUACCUCCAAUCGAAUCUAAUUAUAAAUUAUCAACUACAUCUCCACCUCGUGGUAUGGUUCAAAGUACAAGCUCAACUACAAUCAAUAGUUAUACCUCAUUAAUUGAUGACUAUGAAGAAGAAUCCAAAUCAGAAACUUUUGAUGAAUAUAAUCAAUCAAUUGAUACUGAAGAUACUAGUAGUGAAGAAAUGAUUGAUCAAUUCAAAUCAAUGGAUUUACACCAAAGAAAUGAUUCAUUAUCAAGUAAUAAAAGCUUCCCAGUAACCCCUACUCUCAACCUUUUCGAUGAUCAUUUAUUACCAUUAACCCCAAACACUCCUAUUUUAGAAGAUGACGAUGAAUACAAAUUGACAAACCAUAUCAUUUAUUCGCCAUCCUUAAGUCCCUUGAAGAAAAAUCGAAGAACGGGGUCAAAUUUAAGAAAUUCAAUAAGUAACGAAAAUAUUAAAAUUAAAAUAAUGUUAAAUAAUUCAGAAAAUGAUAUUAUUGCAUUGAAAAUGAAAUCAACCAAUUUAAUUUCAAUCGUUUAUUUGAAAAAAUUAUUAAGUUUCAAAAUUUACAAAGAUUAUAAUUUAAUUAACCAUUAUAAAUUAAUUGUUGCUGAUCAAAAUUACGACUUAAAUGAUGACGAUUUAUUAAAUUACAUCAAAUCAAAAUCUAAAGUCACUUUGAAACUCGUAAGAAGCAGAUGA